AGCAAGGGUCACACACACAAGAAACAAUACUGUUGAACAUGCAUUUAGGCGUAUAUGUGGGCGUGGCGAUGCUGGUGGUAGUGCUGGCGGGCGGUGUGAGCGGCAGUGUAACAAUGGUUACUGACCAGCCACUUCUGCGUGUGAAAAGGACGAAUUUUUGCGACUACUGGUGCAGGACAGAUGAAGGACGGGUGUACUGUUGUGGUCACGUUGGAAAGUGUCUACCGCAGCGUCGAACAUGUCCGGCUUUCAUAGAUCCUGAGCUGAAGACCUGCACUGAUGACUACUUUUGUGAGCAUGGAGAAAAAUGCUGCUUUGACAGGUGUUCAGGAGAACACAUCUGUAGACCAGGUCUCUACUGAGGUCUCCACGCAUCUACUCCUCUAGUUCCUCUGGGGAAGUUGUAGAUUGGGUAUCUACUGAGGUCUCUUUACAUCUACUCUUGUUCUCCGUCCUUGAAAAGUGGCAGGCCCGGUGGCCCCUACAAACAUGCAACAAAAUAUACAGGGUACAGCCACUUGAAAAUCAGACAUACAUCUCACCCAUAGCCACCAGUUCGCAGGUGCUCCUCUGUAUAGCUUGUAGAACACAAGUCCACCACUUAGGUCUUCUUAAUUACCGAGGUGCUAGAAGAGAUCUCUGGUAACUUUUAGGAAAAUAUUGUGACAAUAGUAAUUUGCUGGGGUUAUUAACUGAAGCUAGUUAUUUAACUUGGUAUGAUAGUAUUUAUUUGCGUAAUGUGUUUUAUCUGUGCUACUUGUUUUAUUUUUAAUUUUUCUUUGUCUUUUUUCUCUGGUAUGCUAUAUUUAUCUUUUGUUAGGAGGAACACUGAAUGAUCUGGAAGGUCUAAGUGCUAUUCAGAUUUCAAAACUACCACCCUAGUUGUUGAUCUAAGAACAUGAAUAGCAGCCGCAACACUCACUCACACACAGACACACAAACACACAGACAGACAGACACACACACACAUACACACACAAACCUGAGAACAGCGUUCCGAUACCUAAGUAAGGAAUCGUUCAAGACAAUGUACACCGUGUACGUCAGGCCCAUACUGGAGUAUGCAGCACCUGUUUGGAACCCACACUUGCUCAAGCACGUCAAGAAAUUAGAGAAAGUGCAAAGGUUUGCGACAAGGUUAGUUCCAGAGCUUAGGGGAAUGUCCUAGGAAGAAAGUUAAGGGAAAUUGGCCUGACGACACUGGAGGACAGGGGGUUUAGGGAAGACAUGAUAACGACAUACAAAAUGCUGCGUGGAAUAGACAAGGUGGACAGAGACAGGAUGUUUCAGAGAGGGGACACAGAAACAAGGGGUCACAACUGGAAAUUGAAGACCCAGAUGAAUCAAAGGGAUAUUAGGAAGUAUUUCUCCAGUCAUAGGGUAGUCAGGAAGUGGAAUAGCCUAGCAAGUGAGGUAGUGGAGGCAGGAACCAUACAUAGCUUUAAGAUGAGGUAUGAUAAAGCUCAUGAAGCAGGGAGAGAGAGGACUUAGUAGCACUCAGUGAAGAGGCGGGGCCAGGAGCUGAGUCUCGACCCCUGCAACCACAAAUAGGUGAGUACACACACACACACACACACAUGUCAGAUCAUUCGCAUGAUAUAGACUUAUUUGUUGUAGCAAUCAUAUUUAUGCAAAGAACUGAACCCUUUUGGUUUAUUCAACCGUAGUGGUGAAGGCUCGAACCUCAGUCAAUGGAUGUUUUCCUUUGCAGCAUGAAUUGGAGAUUACUGCUAGUUUAAGGGAGGUAUGGAUCCCCAUGUUUAUUGUUCUACACAUAUGCUGCUAUGUAUGAUAAUCUAUGUAACUGUAUGUGUGUAUACCUGAAUAAACUCACUAAGGAGGGGCCUGUUUGGCCAGACACAACAGAAGAAUCUCAGUGCAGCACCUGUUGCCCGAGAUUCGACCUACGCAACCCCAUUUAGCUAAACACAAUGGUUGAUCAAUCAUCUUAAGGUGCUGCUCCUCGCGAACACUUAUAUGCCAUUCACCUUAAUUAAGGAACUGCUUCACGGGAACACCCGAGAGCCAGUCAUAUUAAUUAAGGUGCUGCUUCAGGUGUUUGCCAGUUAUCUUAAAGAGCCCCUCACAUAAGCACCAAAGAAGCAUAUACUAACCAGUAUUCUUGUAGAUAUUUACAACGUUGGGUGCACCAUGCAGUGCCUUCUUGAAGGUACUCCAUUAAUGUAUUCAAGACUACAGUUAUUUAACUCUGUUGUAGGCUGCUAAAAUGUUAAGCUAAUAAAUUACUGACGUUUUCUAUAGUCAUGUUUUAAAUUCCCAAUAGAUUUGUUUUCAUUCCCAUUCAGUUUGAGAAAACAGAGAGAAAGUCAACUUUUUAACAUUGUACAUACAAAAAAUAUGUGUUUCUCAGCAUCUUCACUCUAAAAAUUUACUUUAAUCUGUAACAGAAAUAAACAUGCCAAUAGCAGUAAUAACGAUAAUAGAAGCAGCAGUAAUAACGAUAAUAGAAGCAGCAGUAAUAGUACAGUAGCAGCAGCAAAAAUAAUAUCUAUAAUAGUGUCAAUUGUCAUGGUACUUGCAGUUGUAAUAGCUGUAGCAGUACUUUUAAUAACACCUAUAUUAAUACUAACACUGGCAAUAGCUAUAGUUGUACUAACACUAGUAAAGUCUAUAUGCUAUUAGCAGUAAUAACAGCUGUACUAGUAGAAAUAAUAUCUGAAGUAUUACUCGAAGUAUUAGAAGCAGUAUUAGUAGUAGGAGUCUGAGUUUCACCUUGCACAAGUGUUAGUUAAGUCAUCCUGGAGGUGGACAAAACUAAGCCUUUAAAGGCAUGAUGAUAGACUAAAUUAAUAAGAAUGUAAAUUGGAGUCGUUAUGUCUCCUUCCUCUUGGAAAAAAAAUUAAACAUAUGCAUGUCUCUGGACUGAUAAAAAAUAUAAUUUUAUUACUUACCUGCUUAAACAAAUUGCAUUUUUCUGA